AUGCAGUCAUUACGCAACGCCCUCCGCGUCUCCGCCAGGACGACCCUGCAGCGCGGCGCACCCACGUUAUCUCGACGCGCUCCCAUGGCAGCCGUGACGCCGAUACUGAUCGACCACUACACGAGGCCCCGGAAUCCCGGGUCCAUGGACCGCAAGGACCCCAUGGUCGGCACGGGACUCGUCGGUGCGCCGGCUUGCGGCGACGUGAUGAAGCUGCAGAUUAAGGUCGACAACGGGACCAUCACGGACGCCAAGUUCAAGACCUUUGGCUGCGGCUCCGCCAUUGCGAGCUCCAGUUACCUCACGGAGCUGGUCAAGGGUAUGCGGAUAGAGGAUGCGGCCAAGAUUCGGAACACCGAUAUCGCCAACAACCUGCACCUGCCGCCGGUCAAGCUUCACUGCUCCAUGCUUGCGGAGGACGCCAUCCGCGCCGCUAUCGCCGAUUAUCACACCAAGAACCCGCCCACGAACCUGGGCAAGUCUGAGGUCAAGACUCUCGAGAUGGAGAAGUAA